AUAGGUGUAGAGAAUAUCAAGGUGGUGGCUACAGUUCCUCCUCUGGUCUGACUGCCAUGUAUCAUGGGCGAACUACUGGUAAAGGGCCCUCCACUCCCUCGCAGAUUUACCAGCAACCUCCGAGGCUUCUCAUUGUGCAUAUAUCUCUACCAUCCUGGGCUGACAUCUGCUCCAACCUCUGUGAGGCUAUGCAGAACUUCUUCUCUCUAGCCUGCAGCUUGAUGGGCCCCAGCCGCAUGUCCCUUUUCAGCUUAUACAUGGUGCAAAAUCAACACGAGUGUAUCCUCCCAUUUGUGCAAGUGAAAGGGAACUUUGCCAGGCUGCAGACCUGCAUCUCAGAGAUCCGCACAUUGCAGAGAGAAGGUUGUUUCAGACCACAAGGUACUUCUCUGCAGCUGGCCGUAGAAGAUGGGCUCCAGCAGUUCAAACAGUACAGCAGACAUGUGACCACAGGGGCAGCUCUGACCUACACUUCCCUGGAGAUUACUAUUCUGACUUCGCAGCCUGGAAAAGAGGUGGUCAAACAAUUGGAGAAGGGACUGAAAGAUACAGACCUAGUCAGGGUCAGGAGGCUUCAGGUGGUUGAGAUCACGAAGGAAGCCCUAGAAUGUACGGACUCAGCAUCUCCUAUUGAAGAGUCCAGCAAUGAUGAAAGCUCUUUCCUGGGAAUUGACAUUGACCUUCAGACUAUAGACAAUGAUGUUGUCAGCAUGGAGGUUUUCUUCAAAGCCUGGCUACAUAACAGCGGAACAGACCAAGAACAUAUUCAUCUUCUUCUUCCUUCACAGUCUUUCAGCAACAUUUCCAGAGCCAGAGAUAAGCCAAUGUGCCUGAAAUGUGAUCUCCAAGAGCGGCUUCUCAGCCCAUCCCUGCUGCCUGGCACAGCUGAUGGCUCCCUGAAAAUAGAUGACCCCAAAGGAGACUUCAGCACACUCUACCAGAUGGCUUCCCAGUCAUCAGCCUCUUAUUACAAGCUCCGGGUGAUCAAGGCUCUAAAAUCCAGUGGGAUCUGCGAAUCAAUAACGUAUGGACUCCCAUUCAUCCUUAGACCCACAAGCUGUUGGCAGCUGGACUGGGAUGAGCUGGAGACAAAUCAGCAGCAUUUCCAUGCUUUGUGUCACAGUCUGCUGGUGAGUGUUAUGUGCCCCCAGGUGAGGAAGAGGAGGAAUGUUAAAGUACCAACCAUAGAAAAGCCCUUAGCUUAAUCCUGCCCUGAUCCCAGACCUGUCCCAGUCCUCAAGAAGACAGGGGGGGAAAUGGAAAUACUCUAAAACGUGGGUUACAUAUGACUUGCCUCUGUUGGUUUUAUG